AUGAGUGUUUCCGACGUGCCUUGUGCUCCAUCCCUUUUCAUAUCCCACGGUACAGGGCCGUUUCCGCUCUUGGACCCCGAACAGGAAUCCUACAGACAACUCCUCCGCCGUCACGGAAGCAAGCUCGACGGUGUCAAGGGAAUCCUCCUUUUUUCGGCUCAUUGGGAGACCGAGACUCCGCAUAUAUCGGGUGGCGAUAAUCCUGGUAUCUUCUACGAUUAUGAAGAUAUGCGGGAUAGGCUCCCGCCGGCGGCGUUUGAAUUCCAAUAUCCGGCACCUGGAAAUGCGAAGUUGGCUACAGAAGUUGCCAACCGACUGAAAGAAUGUGGAUUUAGUCCUACUUUGGAUCUUCAGCGUGGAUUUGACCAUGCUGUCUACGUCCCAAUGAUCCUUCUACGACCGCAGGCCGAUAUCCCAAUCGUCCAGAUGUCCAUUCUGAAAGGACACGAUGAACAAGAUUCAACAGAGAAGAACAUCAAGCUGGGACAGGCAGUGGAGUGUUUCCGGAAUGCCGGCUACGCCAUUGUUGGGAGCGGCGGGUCGUACCAUGACUUCGAGGCUAUCGCAAAGGCAUUCUUUACAAAUGAGCCUGUGCCAGCAGGCACGGAACGAUUCGAAAAUUUUUUGAAGAAUGCGGCAUCCAUUCCUGAUUCUUCCCAGAGAGAAGUGGCGCUUCUUGGAUGGAGGGAACUCCCUGCUAGUCAUACUGCUCAUUUGACCAACUGUUCAGAGCAUCUAAUGCCUUUCAUGGUUGCGGCGGGAAGUGGAGGGGACAUUGCCGGAGUGAGAUUUGAUAUGUAUGAGUACAAGGGAGCUCCAAUGAGUUUUUAUAGGUGGUAA